GAUAACUCAAGUCAAAUUGCACCAGAUGCAACAGUUGCAACAGAAAUAGUGUGACGUUCGAAAAUGUUGCGCACCCCUGAAGUAAACAACUGUCUGACAGUUGCCAUUCUCGCCACAAAAACCAUUUCCAACUCCGGGUUGUUUAGUUUUCUCCACUAAAGUCUUUAAUAAAUCGUAAAAAUCAUGAGUGAUAGUGAUUCCGAAAGUACAGCUUCCGAUUCGGACAGUUCCUCAGAGCUGGACGUCGGUAGUAAGCGCUUUAAUCCACUAAAGGCGCUAUAUUCCGCCAAACUAAAAGUGCCUGUUGCAACCGCCCGGCUACACGAUAACGUAAGCGUACUGGAAUCCAAACAAAACACAUUGGGAGGUUUUGCGGAACCGUUCGAUGAGGGUCGUCUUAAGCAAAUUCGAGCUGCUAAAAGUUCGACUAAAGUAAACCUUCAAUCUACAAAUAUAUUACCGCAAAGGAGAUUCCUUCCAGAGCAAGGUCCAAUAAAGUACACGAAACCGUGGCGACACACCAAAAACAUCUUUGUCCGGCUCGAAAAAUUUUGCGAAGGACCGAUGGCUUUGAUGUUAACGUGGAUGAAGGAACGCAAACGCGUUCGUGUGUAUAUACGCAAACAGAAAGGCAUCCGGGGGCAUGUUACGGGUGUGAUUGAACUAUUCGACAAACACUGGAAUAUGGCCAUGAGCGAUGUGUGCGAAACGUGGACUAGACGAAAAUAUCGUUACAGCGAGAACAACCAGCAUCCGGCUAGUAUGGUAGCCCCAACGGACUGUAGCGAUCGUUUGCGACAGCUCGGAAUCGUUCUACCCGAAACAAAGGUUCGCUCGGAAGGUAAAAAGAAUGUGAUAAUAACCCGUAAGCUACCUCAGCUGUUAAUACAGGGCAUACAGGUAGUGCUGGUUACACCCGAAUCGUGUGAUCCUCAACCGUGUUCUUCGAAGGAAAUUAAAUAAACUGCCAUUUAAUUUGUUGUA